UGCCAGGACUACCGCGGCGGCUGGCUCACGGGUGCGCUGUGUGAGGACCUGUGCGUGGCCGGGGAACUGCUGUAUCAACGCUGCCUGUACUACGAGCGUGGCAAGAAGGUGCUGCAGGCCCAGUGGAGAGGCCGAACUGUGGUCCUCAAAUCCAAGAGGGAGGCUUUCUCCAGCUUCCCACCCCUCAACCUGCUGGGGGAGGAAGCGGGGCCAGGUGCUCCGGGCAUCCCCGAUGCUGAGCUGCUCCUGAUGGUGGCUGGCGAAGUGAAGAACACCCUAGGUUUGGAGCUGCCCAACAAUAGCAUAGUUCCUCUGUGGCCCGCCAGGCAGGGCCCUCGCUGGCGGCAACAGCUGGCCAGUGCGUGGUCGCUGCUCCAGCAAGAGGAAUAUGUGUACUUUAGUCUGCUGCCAGAUCUGAGCCGCCACAUCCUACCGGUCCUGGGUUCCUGUGGCCACUUUUACGCAGUGGAGUACUUGGCUGCCGGUAGCCCUCACCACAGGGCUCUCUUCCCGGUGGGUGAAGCUGGCCAGGCACAGGCUAUUAGCCACAUCGCUCUCAGCUUCCUGGAUAUGGUGCGCCAUUUCGACAGUGACUUCUCCCACCGCCUCCACCUCUGUGAUGUCAAGCCCGAAAACUUUGCCAUCAAGAGGGACUUCACGGUAAGUGGAAGCAGGCUGCCCUGUUUGUUGUGGAGAGAGGCAACUGGUCUGCGUGGGAGGAAAUGAAAUGUCGGUUUUCAGAAGGAAGGCGGUGUAACUUUGGGCAGCCUCGUGGCUCCUGGUCAUUCCCAUUCCAGACCACUUCCUUGCUGCAUUGACAAGCGGAU